UGUUCUCCACCUUGCUCAUCUAUUUUAUCAUUCAAAUUGCAGCAGGAGGGAGCUAUGCCUACUUUAUCCAACCUGACGCAGACCCUGGAAGAUGUCUUCAAAAGGGUUUUUAUUACUUAUAUGGACAACUGGCGCAGGAACACAACAGCUGAGCAAGAGGCCCUACAAGCCAAACUCGAUGCUGAGAACUUCUACUAUGUCAUCCUGUACCUCAUGGUGAUGAUCGGAAUGUUCUCGUUCAUCGUCGUAGCGAUCCUGGUGAGCACCGUGAAAUCCAAGCGGCGGGAGCACUCCAACGACCCCUACCACCAGUACAUCGUGGAAGACUGGCAAGAGAAGUACAAGAAUCAAAUCUUGAAUCUAGAAGAAUCAAAGACCACCUUCCACGAGAACGUGGGUGCAGCAGGGUUCAAAAUGGGACCUUGAGAAACAGAAUAGGCACAAAGCCAACAUCUAAUAUCCGGGUCAGAAGAGAUGCCCUGUCGUGGAGCAAACCCAAGUUGUCAUUGGUUAGGAGACACUCAGUUCCUUGCUUGCUGUGGAGAACUUUCACGGAGAUCAUGUGGCCGCUCAACCAAGAUAGAUGACAUUUUAUUCUCGGUGAUUUAUACUUGCUCAUCGGAGCCAUAUUUUAUGUGGAAGACCUCUUUUAAGUUCUGGGCAAUGUUAAUGGCAUUUUAAUUAAUGUCCACCGUGACAAAUGUUGUCAAGUUAGUGAAAAUAAAGUCAAAUUUGAAGUGAAGGACCUGUGUGACAGCAGUGCUGAUGGGGGGGGACUAAUAAAUCACAAACCUUCUUUCUUACAAAACACG